AUAUUCUCGCGGGAAGGGCCUUAAAACUUCGCAGUGUGUGCUGUUGUGUAUUAACGAAAGGCUGAUGACCCGAGAGAAUAAGGGCGCUUAGUAAAGAGCCAUCGUAAUAACUACUGGAAGGAGAGUAGAAAGUCUGUUUACUACCGUGGUAUUUUUUUUUGAACAGUUAUUGGGCCGAAGAUCUUCAGGUGGGGGGGGGGGAGAUGACGAACUUUCUACGGUAUAUAGCUGCAGAGGUUAAAUCCGUACACGUGGUUUGUUUCCCAAAAAUGUGUAGUUCUUUAUAUUUUUAAAUAAGUAAAUGCACGCAUUUUUUUGCUUUACAAUUUGAAAACAUUUCACUUAUGUAACUAGACAAUGUUUAGUAAAAAACGACAACCCAUCUUUCUUAAAAACCUGAUCUUAUUUUGUAGUUAACCCAGGCCUACUAAGUCACAAACUAGUUUUGAAAUGCACAAAAGUUUCAACAGUGGUUUAUUGCAACCUGGGUAUGGGACAAGGUCUCUUUAGAGAAUUAUACCUGAAUUUGUUUGUGUGAAUUGUAGAUUACUGUGCUAAGUCUUAUGGUGGAUUAUGAUAUGUUGGAGAUAUUGCUUCUGAAAAUGCAUUAUCUAUAUGGUUUUGUUUUAAUUAACUGUUUGGAUUCUACACUAAAAGGCCAGAUUGCCAAAAAGCAAAACUAAUAUUUAAUUGGCCAGAUCAGUAUAUCUUUAAUAGAUGGAAAAUAAAUAUCUCUGCUCUGUAUGUGUGUGAGUGUGAUGUGAUAUAUAUAUAUAUAUAUAUAUAAACUACAGUGUAGUUUAACCUAAGAAAGGCUUUUAAGCAAAUACCAUCAGAGUUCUGACUUCCUUGUUACCAGACUAAAUCUGUAUAUUUUAAUAUUCCUGUUUACUUGAAUAAUUUUAGUUAUAUUGCCUGGGAUAUUUGAAUUGCUCUGUUUGGACUACAUCAUUUUUUAAUUUUCAAAAACAUUUUGAAGCAUUUAUAUUAUAACAUUUUUAUUAUAAUUUUUAAUUUAUAAUACUUGCACAUAGAACUUAUGCUUUCUGUUAAAAUUAUAACUAAUACUGUAAAAAAAAGAUAUUGGACUGAUACAGUACUGGGUAAAUACUAUUCUCUAUGAGAAUAUUAUUUAAUUGUAUCUCAUGCUAAUUAUAAUACUGCUAGCUUUUUUUGCUGGGCUGUUUUUACUAUAGUGAAAGCCAGCAUUUCUAACAGUCCUUUUCUUCCCAUAUUUCCAUGAAUACCUGACAUUUCUUUGAAGUGCUUGAGAAGUUCUUAAAUUUAUUUUUGAACUGCUCUAUAAUAUAGCACAGUAUCUAUGCCUAGUGUACUAUAGCGCUAUAGGCCUAUUUCAACAUCUUUAAAAAUUGUAAUUCAUAAUGUUUAUUAAUCAGAUUACCUUAUGGAACUUUUAUAUGUUCAAACAAAGAAAUAGAAUACAUUUUUAGAAAAGACUUGGGUGGGAGUGGGGGUUAAUAAGUUCUGUUCUUUCCAUAUAUAAAAUGGCAGAUCUUCCAAUACUGUUUUUGUUUGAGGAUAGGUUUCCCUCAAUGUGAGUUUGCUAAAUUGUCUGGUGUCAAACUCUGUAGUAUUCAUUUAAAAGUCACAUUCCCCUAUCCCAUGCUGUUUAUUCGCCAUAUUACUUAGGACAGUGUUGAAAAUAUUUUAAAGUUCAAGUGUACUUUAUUUAAACCUAAAAUGUAGCAUGAGAAGAUCACAAUUUGUUACUUGUACAAGUACUAAAACUUAAGCAGUAUUUUUCUGCAAAUAGUUAUAUUUUCAUCCAAAUAUCAAGAGCUGGGAUAUUUGCUGGGUUUAGUUGCUCAUUUUCCAACAGGCUUAUGACCUUUGGAUUCUUAAUAAGUUGUGUUGCAACUUAUUGAUUUGUGUAGUCAUAUUUAUUCUUACUAUCAUUUCUACUAUCUAAUAUGCCAGUAUGAAGUUAUUUGAUACAGAUUUAAUCAAUUGCUGGACAUAAUUUGAAAGUGUAUCCCUAAUUUUAUUUCUGUGACAUGCUUAGAAAUGUUUUCUACACAGUACUGCUUCUUUUCUCUUCCUAUAGGGCUGUGAAUGUUUAAUGGGACAUUCUGGAUGAUGAUACUUAAAUACAGGAUUUUUGAAGAUAUUGCUUUCUACAUAGCAGUAGCAGUUAUAUAUUCUGGUAGAUAUUUGUUUCAGAGGUAGAUAAUAUAUGAGCACAGUAGUUCUAUAAAUUGAGUAUCAUGUCACAGAAGAUGAUCGUCUGAGGCAACUUUAAUAUUUCUUUCAUUACAUUGGAUUCUACAUUUAUUGAAAGUUUUCCUGAGAAAUUCUCUCAUUCAACUUAAAUGGCAAAUUUAUAGCAAUAUGCAGCUAUUUGGAUCCAAAGUAGAUAUGAAUCUUCAAAUGUAAAAAGGCUUGCUGGUGCCUUCACAUGGGGUUUCUUGUGCCUUUUUAUGGGCCUCACAAUGACCAUAAAGUAUUUGUUUACUCAAAUAUGUAUUUUCCUAGGAGAUGCUAAUGAAUACUUUUCAUGUCCCCACAUUUCUUCAAAUGUGUCGCUCACUUUGGAUCCAAAUAACUCUGCAACCCUGCAGAUUUUAUAAUCACUUUGGUAUAUGUGUAAUAUGCAUUUUUAGUUUUUGGAAAAGGUGAAAAAUUGUUACAGCAAUUUUUACAAAUUGUUAACAGUAAAGUGUUAUAAUAGUUUGAAAUAGUACAUUGUAUAGGAGAUCUGAAUAGAAAUAUAAUUGUUGCUGUAACUGGUGACAAAUCUUUUCAUAUUUCCUGAAUUCAAUAAUGAGCAUGCAUUUCAUCAUAUAUUCUGUCUUUACACUAUUUUCUCAAAAGGUAGUAGUAAAAAGCAAGAUAAUAUGUACAUCUGUAUUUCAAUUUCCAUACUUGGAAAUUCUAGUUUCAUCUUAUAUAUAGUAAUUGCCACUUGUAACCUUUUCAUUUCACUGAAGUAUUUGGUCAUAAUUGUUAUGACAAACUUGGAAGCUUAUAUUACAAGUUUGCAUUUGAGAAUCUAUACUAAUUCCAUACAAGUGGUUAUUAAGAUAGCUUGACUAAUCUGUUUCGAAUUUUUGACCCAAGGAGUCAAUGAUUCAUGGCAGAUUUCGGGGAAUUAGGAAAUCAUCAAAUUCAUGAGGAACUUCCAAUCUGAAGCUCUAAUGAGCUUUUUUCCAUCAUAGGGAUGUUUCUCCCACACCUUGGAGGUAAGGCAGUAGCAUCACAUGAAUUACAUUUGAAAUAAAUUUCAAGGAAAUAUGUUAGAUGAAUAGACUCUUCGAGUAAGGAACCAUUUAGACUUCACCAAAAGUGAUAAUGAAGAUUCAUUUUGUUUACUUAGAAGAACAUACAUGUAUCACCGCCAAGAGCACAGUUUCACAAAUCCCAGUGGUUAAGGAUAGUAACUUGAUUAGACUUAAAAAAUCAUUAUCUACUUUCAGUACAGGAUUUUUAUGAUCUGUUUAGGAGCUGUAUCCUUUGCAUUGCUUGCCCAUGAUUAAAAUUUAGGUUUGGUAUAGAACAAAGAAGCUGACUUUCUAUACCACAGUUGCAAUAUGAGCUACAUUUAGCAAUAAUUAUGUGAAAUCUACAGUGAGAAAUUCAUAAAUUAUAAAAUCAUAAAUUCAUUUUAAAAAAGUUGUGUAGCAUACAUGUUUCUGAAGUACUUUCUAAGGUAGGAAUUAACUCAUUCUUUGAGAGAAAAGUAUUAAAUACAUGGAUAGGUUCAGUUUAGAUGUACUUAGUGCAUAGUUAUAGAACAACAUCCUUCGGAAAUGUGGUACCACUAAAUCUUAAAUUGAUCACAAAUACAGAAGUAGAUUCUUGACUAAAGGAUGUUAUUUUUUUCUAGGUGCCCUGAAAAAUGGCUGAUGAUAUUGAUAUUGAAGCAAUGCUCGAAGCCCCCUUUAAGAAGGAUGAGAACAAAUUGAGCAGUGCCAAUGGACAUGAAGAACGAAGUAAGAAGAGGAAAAAAAGCAAGAGCAGAAGUCGUAGUCAUGAUAGGAAGAGAAGUCGCAGCAAGGAGCGCAAACGAAGCCGUGAACGUGAAAGGAAAAAAAGCAAGAGUCGAGAAAGAAAGCGCAGUAAAAGUAAAGAACGGAGACGUAGCCGUUCAAGAAGCAGAGAACGCCGAUUCAGAGGCCGUUACAGAAGUCCCUAUUCUGGUCCAAAGUUCAAUAGUGCCAUGAGAGGAAAAAUGGGCUUGCCACACAGCAUGAAAAUAAGCAGACGUCGAUCUAGGAGCAAAAGUCCUUUCAGAAAAGACAAAAGCCCUGUAAGAGAGCCUAUUGAUAAUCUUACUCCAGAGGAACGGGAUGCUCGAACAGUAUUCUGCAUGCAGCUUGCAGCAAGAAUUAGGCCAAGAGACCUGGAAGAAUUUUUCUCUACUGUAGGAAAGGUCCGUGAUGUACGCAUGAUAUCAGAUAGAAAUUCAAGACGUUCAAAAGGAAUUGCUUAUGUAGAAUUUGUUGAUGUCAGCUCAGUUCCUUUGGCCAUUGGAUUAACUGGACAGCGAGUGUUGGGAGUGCCAAUUAUUGUACAAGCAUCUCAGGCAGAGAAAAACAGAGCAGCAGCAAUGGCUAAUAACUUACAAAAGGGAAGUGCAGGCCCCAUGAGACUCUAUGUAGGCUCGUUACAUUUCAAUAUAACUGAAGAUAUGCUUCGUGGAAUCUUUGAACCAUUUGGCCGGAUUGAAAGCAUUCAGCUAAUGAUGGACAGUGAAACUGGGAGGUCCAAAGGAUAUGGAUUUAUUACUUUUUCAGACUCAGAAUGUGCUAAAAAGGCCUUGGAACAAUUAAAUGGAUUUGAAUUGGCAGGUAGGCCAAUGAAAGUAGGACAUGUGACUGAACGUACAGAUGCAUCCAGUGCCAGUUCAUUUUUGGACAAUGAUGAAUUGGAAAGGACUGGAAUAGAUUUGGGAACAACUGGUCGUCUUCAGUUGAUGGCAAGACUUGCUGAGGGUACAGGUUUGCAGAUUCCUCCAGCUGCCCAGCAAGCACUGCAAAUGAGUGGAUCAUUAGCAUUUAGUGCUGUAGCAGAUUUACAGACAAGACUUUCUCAGCAAAGUGAAGUCUUGGCUGCGGCUGCUUCUGUACAACCACUUGCAACACAAUGCUUUCAGCUGUCCAAUAUGUUUAACCCUCAAACUGAAGACGAAGCUGGCUGGGAUACAGAAAUUAAAGAUGAUGUGAUUGAAGAAUGUAACAAGCAUGGAGGUGUUGUCCACAUUUAUGUAGACAAAAAUUCAACUCAGGGCAAUGUGUAUGUCAAAUGCCCUUCAAUAGCUGCAGCAAUUGCAGCUGUCAACGCAUUACAUGGAAGAUGGUUUGCAGGUAAAAUGAUCACAGCAGCAUAUGUUCCUCUUCCGACAUACCAUAAUCUUUUCCCAGAUUCUAUGACUGCAACCCAGCUCUUGGUUCCAACUCGGCGAUGAAGGAGGAUUGAGUCAGUUUUGUACAUAGCUAUUUUUGAAGGAAGACUUGAGUUACCUUUAUUUAGAUGAAAACAAAAGGCAAAAGGUGUAAAGUCCUUUUGUGUACAUUUCCUGUUACCUUUAAAGAAAUAUAUAUAAUAAGCAGGAAUGCUGUGAUUAUUCUCAUGAUUAGCAUUCCCACUGUAAACAAAGCUGACUACUUGUUCUGCCUUGUAAUUCUUGUACAUUUAGACUUUUGGCUAAAGUAUGGUGUAGGAACAGACAUAGGUUAUAGAAAAGAUUUUUUUUCUGCAAAAGAUAGAGAGGACAUUUUUAAUGUUUUGCAAGCCUUCCUUUUAAUGCAGAAGUUGCAUUUUACAUUUAUUAAAAUGUAGAUGCUCUGCUAAAGGUUAAAAUCAGAUUUAACUGGGCAUAUUUAGUGUGUUUUGUAUGGAUUGAAAAUUGAAGAGGCUACUUAACAAUUUUCAGUCAUCUGAUCUGCUCAUGUAAUGUUGAACAGCUGGUAAAAUUGAGAGGAUUAGAAGAUUUUAUUUCUAGAUGGUAACUUUUGAUUGUCUCUGUAAAAGUUUCUUGUAAAUAAGGUGUAAGGUGUGUUUAGAAUUCCAAACAAAGCUAUCUCUGCAUUUCCAGAUUAAAGUUCCAAUGAUUGCAGGGAAUGUACUUAAUUAAAAGUUGAAGUAGGAAAUGCAGGAAUAUAUUUUGUCUGGUUGCAUAUAAUCUCUGCUCUUUUUUAAGCUCUGUGAGCUCUGAAAUAUAUUUUUGGGUUACUUCAGUGUGUUUGACAAAACAGCUUAAUAUUUCUAUCAACAAACAACUUUCAUAUGGCAACAAUCUUUGUAAGAACCACUCAAAUAAAAUUCUCUCAAAGGCC